GUGCGCGGGCUCCGCCUCCACGCGCCUCCCGGGCGGGGCUGCUUCCGGGUGGGUGGGCCGUUGACCGGGUGACCUCGGUGACCAGGGUGACGCCCGCCGGAGACUGGAAGCGCAGCCGGGCUCUGUUAACCGGGAUCCUCCGAGCCUCUGUCCCGGGGACCUGGAGCCGCGCCUGCCCCGCGCCUGCCCCGCGCCCAGCUCUACCUUGCGCCCUUCCGGGACUGGAGGAGUCCAGCAGCCAUGAGCCCCAACCCGCAGUGGAACAUCCCCAGAGCGCUGAGGGUGGCCGGACUCUUCCAGCUGGUGUGCGGGAUACGGGACGCCUGUGCGCUCCCCUUCCUCACCCUCUACCUGAGGCAGCUGGGCUUGGCCGCGCCCUGGGUGGGCAUCCUCAUGGGAACCAAGCAUCUGAUCUCAGCCUGCUGGGCUCCCUUCUGUGCUUUCGUGGCCAAAAGCUACCAGAAAAGGAGAGUGUUUCUGACAGGGUCGCUGCUGAGCUCGGCGGGGGCCAGCCUCCUGAUGGUCUUCGUCCCACCGGUGGACAGACGUCUGGACAACGGUUCUUGUAAUGGAAGCCGUAGCUUGACCAGCGCACUCCUGCCACUGGGGGUCACACUAACCACGACCACCACCUCCUCCCCUACAGGGGUGACCAGCUUCCCAGCCAGCACUGGACCCCUGGUGACCUCUGACUUCCCAAAUGGACCUGGAGAAAGUCAUCAGGAAACUUAUAGUGCUUCACGGGGCGAUUUAGUGCGUUCUGAUGAGGGGUUCAGGACCACCCUGGGAGCCCUCUAUCCUGGCACUUCAAGGGUGAAAAAUAAUUCCUGGGAAGGUGCUUUUGAGGUGGGCAGUGCUACCCUGAGUCGGCUUCCUAGGGGUGCAGCCCUCACAAGCCCAGCCAACCUGUCGGUGGGUCAAGGGAACGCCCUUGAAGGAUUUCAGUGGACCUUCAUCCUCUCCUUGGGGUUCAUAAUGUUGUGGGAGCUGCUGACAGCCCCGAUGGAGCAGGUAGCAGAUGACAGUCUCUAUGAAUACCUGGAUUUUGUGGAUGCCACUGACCGGAGCAGAGACCUGUGGAUGUGGCGAUUGCUAGGUAUGUCAACAGGUGUGUGUGGCAUCGCAGCCUUGGCAGGACAGCUGGACUGCUUCCUAAUGACCAAAGGUCCUCAGGGUGUGAUGCACUUCUACGGUUACUCCAUGGUCAGCAUCCUGGCCUCCGUGGUGAGCAUUGGCUUUCCUGUCCCCAUCUACCAACAGCAGGGACUGAGCUACAAACUGGCCAAAGCACUGUCCCUCAUAAGGGGUGACCCCCGCCUCAUUCUCCUAGCCCUUACUGUCUUUUGGAUAGGAGUCAUCACCAGUACUGUGCAGAACUUUCUGUUCUGGCACAUGAAGGACCAUGGCAGCAGCGAACUGGUGAUGGGUUUCUCAGUGGCUCUGAGCUUGUUGGGAGAAAUCCUGCUCCAUCCAUUCAGAACUCUGUUGCUUAGGAAACUGUCCAGGGUGGGCACUCUGGGACUAGGCCUGGGCUGCUUAGCUACACAGCUGAUCUACUACUCUUUCCUCUGGAGCUGGUGGUCUGUCCUCCCUGUUCAGAUACUGGGUGCCAUCAGCAAUGGGGCUCUGUGGUGGGCCGUGGAGGACUCCAUAGAGGACCUGGCCACCCCUGGCAUGGACAGAUCUCUGAGUACCAUGUUCCGAUACUACUUUUAUGAAGGCGGCUGCAGCUUGGGCAGCUUUGUGGGGGGCUUUGUGAUGAUGCAGGCCAGCCUGGACGCACUCUACCGAGCCUGCUGUGUGGUCCUGUUGCUCUGGCUGGCCUUGUUCCUGUCUGUACAGCCCAGGCUGCCCCAGGAGCGAAAGAUCAAUUACUCGAAACUGCUGGCCAUCGAGGGGAGUGACACCAGCGAUUCUGAGCAGGGUUCAGAGCAGGACUGGCUUGUGAAGGCCAUGAGGGAGGAGCACUUGGACUGGAAGGGCUGAGAGUCCACAACACAGUGACCAGGAAAAGCACCCAUGGAUCAGACAGAACUGCCUAGAACGCAGGGAGUGUUGGAGCUCGUCUGUGCCAGUGACUCCACAAGAUCAUUUCAUUGUAUGAUUUACUUUUAUAGUAAUAGGAGAUUUCACUUUUUUUGACAUGAAAUAUUUUUUAAAUAAUGGGAGAAUACAGUUGCCACAUAUAUGUAUAUAUAGAUAGAUACAUA